AUGGCAGAAGCAACAAAGAGGUAUGCAGUUGUUACUGGAGCAAACAAAGGCGUAGGAUUGGAAACUGUCAGGCAGUUGGCCUCAAAUGGAUUUAUUGUAGUCUUGACUGCCAGAGAUGGCAAGAGGGGUCUUGAAGCUGUUGAGAAACUCAAAGAGUCUGGCCUCUCUGGUCAAGUGGUUUUUCAUCAACUUGAUGUAGCUAACCCUGCUACUGUUGCUUCCUUGGCAGACUUCAUCAAAACCCAGUUUGGGAAACUCGAUAUCUUGGUGAACAAUGCAGGGAUUGGUGGAAGCACAGCAGAUCCUGAUGCCUUUAGAGCUGUAGUAGAGUCUGGUGCCUUUGCUAUGGCAAUUAGUAGGGGAAAUGAUCUGUGUAACAUCACCAGUCCGGGAAGAGGAGAAGUUGAUUGGAGUAAACUAAAUACUGAAACUUAUGAGUUGACAGAAGAAUGCUUGCAGAUAAACUAUUAUGGUGCUAAAAGAACAGCUGAAGCACUUAUCCCACUCCUCCAGUUAUCCGAUUCACCGAGAAUUGUUAAUGUUUCGUCUUUCAUGGGGAAGUUAAACAACAUACCGAGCGGUUGGGCUAAAGGAGUUUUUACUGAUGCAGAAAACCUAACAGAAGAGAGACUAGAUGAGGUACUGACUGAGCUUUUAAAAGCCUUCAAGGAGGGUUCACUUGAAAGUAAGGGCUUUCCUUCUUCUUUGUCAGCCUAUAUAGUCUCAAAAGCUGCACUGAACGCAUAUACUAGGAUUCUAGCAAAGAAGUACCCCACUUUUCGUAUCAAUUCAGUCUGCCCUGGCUUUGUCAAAACAGAUAUAAACUACAAUGUCGGUGUCCUACCUGUCGAAGAAGGGGCUGCAAGGGUUAUGAAGUUAGCAUUGCUGCCCAAUGAUGGCCCUUCUGGUUCCUUCUUUGUUGAGUAUGAAGUGUCAGAUUUUUAA